AUGCAGUCGCAGUCGCAGUCGCAGAUCCACUCCCACGUGACCACGCCGGCCUCGACCCCGGCCUCUGUUGCGGGAUCCGCUUCCGUCUCGGCUCCCGUCUCGGCUCCGGUUUCCGCUCCGGUUUCCGCCUCCGCUCCCGCUCCCGCCUCCGCCGCACCCCACGUGCCCGCCCCCUCGCGCUCGGUCCAUCCGCACGUGCCAUUCGGCCGUCACGCGGCCACCCGCCUGGCCCUGCCGAACACAUUCUCCACCUCUCUCCAUUACACGCCCGUGGGCCAUGUCGCCACAUACUCGCCACUGCAGAUGCCCUCGCAGUUACAACCCCUUUCGCAUUCGCAUUCCCUUCCACAUUCCCAAUCCCAAUCCCAAUCUCUCUCGCAUUCCCUAUCGCAUUCCCAGUCGCCUUCAGGCUUGGAUCACAUACCCAUGCCCUUGACACCCUCUUCGUCGCUUCCACCAACAAGAACAAAUUCCUUCUCCAACAACAACUCGGUGCUAAACUCUCCAAACUCCAGGAGAUCGUCUGUCUCACGUGAUGGUUCCGUGAUGACCAGUGCCACUGGCGUUGCCAGUGGCACUGCCACAAAGAAAUGUAGAUGCAGAAACUUCACCGAGCGUGGAAGACAUAUCCCAAGACCAAGAAACGCCUUCAUACUGUUUAGACAGCACCUGCAUCAUUCCAUCUUUGGCAAGGACAAGAACAUGCUCCUGUCGCAAGGCUCGUUCAAAACAAACUCCCAGGUCUCGAGAGAGAUUGGCCAGAAAUGGAGAAGCUUGGACCCUCAAGAGAAACAGUACUGGCACGACUUGGCCAAGAAGGAAAAAGAAUUACACAAGUUGAAAUACCCCAAUUAUAAGUAUCUCCCUCGCAAGAAUGAUAGUGAAGUGGGGGAGGUUUGUAAGUAUUGUAGUGCAAAAACAAACAGCUAUUAA